AGUUUCGACGCAGAAAAGGUGACUUGAUGGUUCAUGGUGAAACUGAAGAAUCUGUCAUUGCCUCUAUCAUAUUUCAGGUCACCUCAAUUCAGGAUUUGAGAAAAUUAGGGUUCAGUGGGUCUGUAGAUGCUGCGUCGUUGUUGGAAUUUGUCGAUGUUGGUCAUGAUUUGAUUCUUGUUGUUGAUGCAUCAAUUGCUGUUGAGUACAUGGUAGACUUUGAUGAGGAUCCAGCAGCUCUGGUGAUUAAUCACACGAGCUAUGCAGUUUCAGAGACUGAAGGGGAUCAUACUUUGAUGGCUAGUGGUCAUUUAAUUCAGUCUGAGGCUAUUCUGGGCAGCCUAAAAAUCGAGUUCUCUGAAGGAGCUGUUCAGCUGCAUCAA